UUGAAAAAUUCUAGACAUGUGUGCUUGACUUUAAUAUUAAACACAUCAGAGGGACCCCUCCGACAAUCAAAGCCAAUUAUAACUCACUGAAUUUCAAAUAAAUAAUAAUGUUGUUGACUUCUAUAACAUCAUUCAAUAAGUGAAAUCAUCCAUGACAAAAUCAAGUUAAUGGACAAAUUUCAGUGAAGAUGUUACCAGAAAGAGCAAAUCUUGGAAAACUCUGGAAAUAGCUUGAAAGAGAGUCAAAGAAACAAAUAGAUAUGAUUGCAGCAAAAAACCCAGAGUAGAUACACCCCCAAGAAAUUCUCAAAAUACUCCACCAUAGACAGAUUUCAGCUUUGAGACGAGAUGGGAAAGAUUGGUUGCACCAUAGAUGGCAACCUAGAUGACUCGAAAUUCAGCGAUCCGAUCCCAUGGAUCGGAGUCUAUGUUGCAGCAGCAUCUGCAGUUUGUGCACUGGCCAUGGCGAUUGAUGUCCUUCAUGGCCUGCGCCGCAGAAAAUUAUGGUUUCCUUGCAACUUCUUCUCUCUUAACGCUACAACCUUGACGCUUCUAGCUGUUGCCACCAAGUUGUCUGUUGAUUUAAAUACAUCCAUGCCUCGCCGACAAGAUCAGCUGACAAAACUUAGCAGUGCUGCUCUAAUCUGUACGGUAACUGCUAAUUUUUUGCCUUCUUUAGGUCUAAUGGAUAAUACAGACCUGUUGAUGAACAUAAUGGCUUUGGGGAUUUUCGUCAUCACGGCCAUCGUGAACAUUGGCAUACAAUUAGCUACUGGUGUUAUCUAUGUUUUCAGCAAAGAGCAUAUAGCUAUCAUGUUUCUUAUGCUUGUAUUGCUUCUGUUAUUGAUCUCCUCAGCCUUGACAAUACCAACUACAAAGUGUUAUUUGGACCUGAAAUAUAAUAAGAGGUACAAGUUAGCAAACAAAGAAUGCAACAUCAGUUAUACAUGCAAAACUCAGAAACUGAAGGACGAACUGAUGAGAUUAUGGACCAUGGCCUAUACCUCUAGCCCCCUCUUCGUCGCGGGUCGCUUAGCAACAUGCACUGCCUCUGGAGGUUUCUGCCUUCUGAGCACAGUAAUUUAUGCUCAAGCCAUGCUUAGGUCAUACUUUCUCCAUUCGAGCUUCAGCUUUUGUCGUGGAGAAUCUGAAUACAAGUGGUCCACAACCUUGAUUCUUGUAACUCACACAGUGGCAAUAGGAGUAGGAACUAUUGCACCAGCUUUUAGAUGGUUCAUAGCCAUAAAUUUCCACUGCCCCGUAAAAACAAAUAAUGCCUGCAAACUCAUGUUGUUCAAAGUGGAGAACUACUGGAUCCAUAUACUACUUAAGUGGAAAGAAUGCCCGUUGGAUUUCAGAAUUUGUGGCCGGCAUGGUAGAAAAUUCGCUCAUAAAACAAAGAACGAACUUCUCGAUUUCUGCAUUUGGAUGCAAAUUCUGAUGGUGUCACUCAGUAAGAUGGUUCGGAUCAUUUCCACUUUCUCCGUGAGUUGGUUACUGAUAAGCUGCCAGAAAGUAACCAGGAUGCUGAAAUGCAAAAAUGUGGUGUCUAGUCAUGAUAUAGAGUCACAAGCUAGUCUAACGCCAGAUCUUAGCCUCUAUGUUUUACACCUCGAAGGAGAGGAAGUAUUAAUUGAUUUGAUGAUGCAAAGCAACUGUGAUGUGGUAGAUAAAUGGAUAGGGAUGGGGAAAAAGGAGCAGCCUAAACAUCUAUUAAAAUUUUUGGAGAAAGUGAAAUCAUCACCUGGAUUCAGGGGAGUGCACGAAUUCGACCAUGCUAAAAUUCCUUCUUUAGACUCGGAAGAACCUCCUAAUUGCUGGGCUCUUCCUAUAGUGACACUGACAAGCAUUGCAAUUGCACUUCCAGACAUUGAUUUCCACUUAAUCAAGGAAUUAAUAAGGAGUGUGUAUGAAGGUCUCAUGUACAUCAAACUUGUUGAAGAGAACCUGGAUAGCAGAAAAGACCUCGUAUACAUCAGAAAGGCGGCAGAGUUAGUGUGGGUAGAAGUUGACUUAUGUUACAAGUGGCUGGACGUCGAUCUCCGCAAAGCUGCCACUGAAGGACAGAAUCCAAAAGGCGUGCUUGAAGGACUCGCUGAGAAAGCAAAGCAGAGAUUCGUCGAAUUUAGAAAGAACGAUCCAAAUGCUUGUUUAAAGGAUUCACCUUCAAAAUGGCCUACCAAUAUGUUGGCAGCCAACUGUAUGUACAGAGUAUGUCAAACUCUUCUGCAAAGUUCUGAUAGCAAAGCAUUUGAGAACAGCAAAACCAUGUUUGACAGAUUGUCAACCAUGAUUGCGGAUAUAACAAGUGCUUGUCUUACCAACCUUGAUAGAGUUAUAUCCAUGCAAUGCCACCAUGGCACCAUUGAAGAGAGAGCAGCAGGUGUCCGCUCUGCCAUCUUGCUUCUGGGGAAAGCAGAGAGUUUUCUGCAUAUUCUUCGGUCACAGCCACUUCCAAAUUCAGCACCAGAUCAAUUGGGAAAUAUUGAUCAUUGGCGCUCACAUAGCAAAGAGGUAGAUUACCUCUCCUGCAGUAGUAGCUCACCCUCAAAUUUUUCUCCAACUUCCCAAAGUUCAUCAGACAUGUAUCUAACUGUGGACUAAGAAGCAAAUGUGUGGAAGUGGAAAUAGAAAAAAAGAUUCUGCUUAAUUUCUAUUGCAAUAGUAUCAUAUUUGUGUUAUACUUUUUUAUGUAACAUACAACCGAAAUUUAUUUAUUUCACAUCAAGACUCUAGCUUGUUCUCUAAAUGAUAACUUCAUCACAAAUUUCCCUAUGAAAAUAACAUAGAAAUGUUCCAACUCAA